AUGGCCAGUUCCAACAACUUGAACGAAGAGGGCAUUGUCAAAGCUUCUCGUGAAGCAAUGGAUGUUCUUUACGAUCUCAGCGUGUUAUUGGGAACAGGAUUGGAUAGACAAACUUUGGCUCUUUGUAUUAGUAUGGUAGAAGAUGGAACAAAUCCUUUAGCAUUAGCUACUGUCGUACGUGAAUUGCGUAGAGAAGCUGAAGCUCGGUCUGCUAAAACUCGAGGUCCUGAUGAUAUAGAAGGUGGAAUGGUUUGA